GUUUUCCAUGUAUGACCCUGAAUCCCACUGCUGGUACAGUCCCAACCAUUUUUUCAACCCAGAAGAGCAGACAAGCCUGACACUCCAUUAUCGCAUGAGGUCGCAGUUGUAAAUGAGAACUUGUUCUCAACUGGCCUACCUGGUUAAAUAAAGGAGAAAUAAAAUAAAACAAUUGUUCUGACCGGACAUCUUGUGGAGGAUCAGAACCCUGAGAAGCAUCAGCAUUGUUCUGAGCGGACAUCCUGUGGAGGAUCAGAACCCAGAGAAGCAUCAGCAUUGUUCAGAGCAGACAUCCUGUGGAGUAUCAGAACCCAGAGAAGCAUCAGCAUUGUUCUGAGCGGACAUCCUGUGGAGUAUCAGAACCCAGAGAAGCAUCAGCAUUGUUCUGAGCGGACAUCCUGUGGAGUAUCAGAACCCAGAGAAGCAUCAGCAUUGUUCAGAGCGGACAUCCUGUGGAGUAUCAGAACCCAGAGAAGCAUCAGCAUUGUUCUGAGCGGACAUCCUGUGGAGUAUCAGAACCCUGAGAAGCAUCAGCAUUGUUCAGAGCGGACAUCCUGUGGAGUAUCAGAACCCAGAGAAGCAUCAGCAUUGUUCUGAGCGGACAUCCUGUGGAGGAUCAGAACCCAGAGAAGCAUUAGCAUUGUUCUGUAUGAACAUCCUGUGGAAGGUUUUACUUUCGGAACUGGCAUGGGUUGAGUGAGAAGGAGCCGUCAGUGGCGCGAUAUGCCCCACGGUCAGGGACAGAGCACGGGGGCUCACCUCUACUAGAAAUGACCUCCCUGGAAUACCUCUUUUGCCAGGCAAAGUUUGAUUUUGUGAAUGAUGUCACGCCGAUGGAGGAUGCUCAAGGAAAAGAAGAGUUGAGUAGCUUUAAGAAUGAGAGUCUGGGGAUGGCUGUGCUGCACCUCUCUCACCAGGCCCUGUGCUCAGGCUGCACGCUACAGGAAGUGGCCAAGUCUGUCAGCUUCCUGCGCUGCAUUCCGAGAUCCUUCUCCAGACACAUAGCGAGGGACAACUUCCUGACGAAGAUCCGUAUCCGGCGUGUGUUUGCUGACUUUGUGAAGACCUUCCAGGAGCAGACUGUGGACUUAGGACGCCUGGGCUCCCAGAAGGUCAUGUUUAAAUACCUGUCUACUCUGGAGCACCUAGCCCCCCGCUUCGGCACCGAGACCUUCCUCACGGCCCACCUGGAGCUGAGGAAGGACGGGGGCGACGGGAGCGGCUCCUACCUCAACACUAGCCACGCUCACGGGGCCUCUGACCCUGAGAACUUUGGCCCUCAGGUCAUGCAUGAGGUCAUGGUGUCUGGUACCAAGGGGAUUCAGUGGAGGAAGAUCACGGUGCAGAAGGCCCAGCCCAACAGUUACUUUGGGAACGAUUACUUAGGGAAUCGGAAAAGUGUGAAGCAAUCGCCUCUCCAGCAAGAACCUAAAUCCUCUGACACAUGGACGUCUUUCUGCGACUUCCCUGAAAUCUCCCACAUCACCAUCACUGGAGCCAACGUCAGCAUCAUUAAACAGGACAACUUCUCUAUGGAGGUUCAAAUGAAUUCCAGCCUUGAGGCUCUGUCUUUCGUCUCCCUCCUGGACGGGUACUUCCGGCUUACUGCAGACGCACACCACUACCUGUGUCACGAGGUGGCUCCGCCCAGAGUAGUGCUCAGUGCCACCAAUGGCCUCCAUGGACCAAUGAAUGAUGACUUUGUGCUGCAGAGACUGAGGAAGGAAGCCGUUGCAGAGGGAGCCUUUCUUGUGCGCUGGAGCGUCCUCGACUACCACCGCAUCAUAUUAGCUGUUCUAAACAAGAGUCAGGAUGGACAAGCUGCAAUCCACAAGCAGUUCAGGAUCCUGCAUAGUGGUUCAGUGUUUGCUCUGGAAGGCUGGGACCGGGAGUUCUCCAGUGUCAAGGAGCUCACCGACAGCCUCAAGACCUUUGUGCUCAAGUCUGGCACGGACAAUUUCACUGUGAAGAAAUGCUGCCUACCCCGACCUGCAGAACUGUCCAACCUCUUGGUGAUGAGGCAGGGUGCGGACCAGUGUGUUCAGCCUGACUCUGUGGCCCUCUGUCUGACUCAGCUGAGGUUCCAUCAGAUCAAAGACAAGGAGAUCACCCAGGAGCAGCAUCUGGGCCGUGGGACCAGGACCAACAUCUACUCGGGCAGUCUGUUGGUGUGGGGCGGAGUGGAGGAGGAGGAUGAGGAGGACAAGUGGAACAACAAUCUUACUGAUCGCAAAGAGAUCCGAGUGGUUCUUAAGAUCUUGGACCAGAGCCACAAGGACAUAGCGUUAGCGUUCUUUGAAACAGCCAGUCUGAUGAGCCAAGUAUCUCACAGUCACCUGGUCUUUGUACACGGAGUGUCUGUCAAAGGAUCUGAGAACAUCAUGGUGGAGGAGUUUGUGGAGUUUGGGCCUCUGGAUGUGUUCCUGCGAAGGGAAAGGGCUCUGGUCACUCCUCAGUGGAAAUUUACUGUAGCCAAACAGCUGGCCAGUGCCCUGAGCUACCUCGAGACUAAACAACUGGUACAUGGUAACGUCUGUGCCAAAAACAUUCUGGUGGCUCGCCGUGGUCUGGAGGAGGGCUCCUUUCCCUUCGUCAAGCUGAGCGAUCCAGGCAUCGCCCUCAGCGUGCUGUCCAGAGAAGAGCGUGUCGAGCGAAUCCCAUGGAUCGCCCCGGAGUGUGUGCCAAGUGGUGCCCCAUUCGGCAGUGCUGCCGACCAGUGGAGCUUUGGAGCCACACUGCUGGAGAUCUGCAACAAUGGAGAUUUGCCCAUGAGUGGCAGCACGCUCACUGAGAAAGAGCGUUUCUACGAGACGCGGAGUCGCCUCACCGAGCCCUCGUCGCAGGAACUGGCCAGCUUCAUUAGCAUGUGUUUGACCUACGAACCCCGGGAGAGGCCGUCCUUCCGCACUGUGCUUCGAGAGCUCACUGAACUACAGAUCAAGAAUCCUGACAUAUCCCCCCUGGAGUCUCUCCCGGACGCUGACCCCAACGUUUUCCUUAAACGCUACUUGAAAAAGAUCCGGGACUUAGGAGAGGGUCACUUUGGGAAGGUGAUUCUCUAUGUGUAUGACCCAGCCAACGACGGGACAGGGGACUAUGUAGCAGUGAAGGCCCUGAAGCAUGAGGGAGGCAGCCAUCUCCGUGAAGGCUGGAUGAAGGAGAUUGAGAUCCUCAAGUCUCUUUACCACGGCAACAUAGUCAAGUACAAGGGCUGCUGCUCUGAGCUGGGAGGGCAGACGGUGCAGCUGAUUAUGGAGUUUCUACCGCUGGGUAGCCUCAGAGAGUACCUAGUCAAACACCGCCUGGGCGUGGCUCACAGCCUCCUCUUUGCACAGCAGAUCUGCCAGGGGAUGGAUUACCUGCACUCGAAGCGAUACAUCCACCGGGACUUGGCUGCCCGGAACGUACUGGUGGAGAAUGAUCAUCUGGUGAAGAUCGGGGACUUUGGCCUUACCAAAUACAUCCCAGAGGGAGAUGUUUACUACCGCGUGCGUGAGGAUGGAGACAGUCCUGUGUUCUGGUAUGCAAUUGAGUGUCUGAAGGAGAGCAAGUUUUCCUUCUCUUCAGACAUUUGGUCCUUUGGCGUGACGCUCUAUGAGGUCCUGACCCACGGUGAAUAUCGUCAGAGCCCUCCAGUGAAGUUCGUUCAGAUGAUGGGUAACGUGCGGGGUCAGAUGACGGUGAUGGUGCUGAUCAAGCUGCUGGAGAAACACAAUAGGUUGCCCUGCCCCCGAGACUGUCCUAGCGAGGUUCGCAUGUUGAUGCAGCAUUGUUGGGACUUUGACCCCGCGAGAAGGCCAUCUUUCAAAUCCCUCAUUGAGUCCAUCGAAGCGAUUCGCAAGACAUACGAACGGCAACCCAAUGUGCGGCUGGCCCAAAUUAGCCAAUGAGAACCUUACUUUUUCACAGGCCAGCUGGCCUUACUCCUGUAUACCUCAGCACUUUGCUACAUAAGUCUACUCUAGAGUCUACACCACACCCUGAACCACAGUGCCCUCUGUCUGUUCUGAAGGAGUAGACUGCUCUUUGUAUUAAUAAAUAGGAACUCAGGUUUUUAGUAAUUCUCAUCCAUUCAUUCAUAUAGAUGAGCCCUUAGUGAUGGCACCUGUUUUAUUUUGAUGUGACAGAUAUAAUUUUUUUAGGUGUGAAAUUCCCUUAAUGGCAGCUAUAGUGCUGUCUCGUGAGGAGAACCGGGUCCAUGUUCCGUGACUGAUCAAAUUAGGUUCUACCUUUUAGCCCGAGUUGGAGGAUCCCAUUCAUAUGAAAUAUUUACUAUCCAGAACAGGAGAGGAGCUGUCAUUCCACAUGAUUUGUCACUCAUAAUGUUCACAUGAUUAAUAUAACACUUCAAUUGAGGCAUGUAUAUUACCAACAGUUUCUCUUUAUUUCUGUAUUGGUGUAAAUAUAAAUCAUUUACUGAUUGUAUCAUAUCAUGUUUUUCCUUAUGUUUGAAUGUAUUAAAUGUUUGAGUGGGCGAAUGUUGAAAAUUAAGCAUUUGUAUCCCUUGACUGUGUUUAAUAAAUUUGACCAAAGCCC